AUGCCCAGGCGAGGCCAAGGUAGAGGAAGGGCUAGAGGAAGGGGUGGCCGAGGGACUAGUACACGACGUGGUAGAGGUAGAGGAAGCCGAAACAGAGGAAAGGGAGGUUGGUCCACUGGAAGAACUAAUAGAGGAAAUCGGGAUAAGACGGGCACUGCAGACGCAACAGAUUCAGUAAAGGAACUCAGUAUUGUAGAUAACCCUAAGGCAUAUUUCACUGGGACAUCCUCAACAGAGCAACACCUUCAGGCUCAAAAUGAAAAUAGGAUACGCUAUGCAGCAACUUUGGCGGUGCUAGUAAAGAACAGGAUUGAAGUUACACAAAAUGCAUGUAUUCGUGCUCUAUCUAUGGCCUGGGCAAGAGGAGAUCAUGAACUGGCUUCAGCUUUUCUACACUUACCUUCACAGUUUGGCUUAGUUGAAGUUCUGAAAGCACUGACUAUGCUUGAUUCUGGCAGGAAAAUUAGAGUCUUAGAAAAACGUCUUGCACGUCUGCAGUUAUCAGGGUCCAAAGUCAAGCCGAAUAAAAUUGGAAAGUUGAAAUUGGACAUCAACAAUCUAAACAAGCUGAAACCGCCAAUUGGUUCAGCCAGUGGUGCCGUGUGCAAGCAUGUGGCCAGGUGGGUGCGUGACUUUAGUGCAGAAGAACUGGAAUUUUUCGCCAUUCAUUUUCCUAAAGAUCCCUGGCAAAAACUGGCUGACAUUUGCCAUUUGAAUCCACAGAAGGAUUUUCCUGCAGCACCUUGGUUUUUGCCUUAUUGUUUUGGCAGUGGACCACCUCCUAUUGGUUCUCUUGUUGAGCACUGCCAAAAUAUUACCGAAGAAAAUGUGAAUGAUUUAGUGAAAGAAUAUGACAUCCCAUACAGUGUACUCAAACAGUUUAAAAGUCAACUAAAUGUAGAGUCAAAAGGAAGGAUUGCCCGCUACGAGCCAAAACUAGACACUGUCUUAUGGUGGUAUGAAGACCUAGCUUGUGAUGCUGCGGAGGAAGCUAUUGCAGAAAGACUUGCCGCUGGAGAACGAGUUAACCUCCCAAACGGCAAGUUACUGGAACGACUUUUGACCAUCUCACUGCGUCGCAACAUUUCCUUCAAACCAGGAGAAACAACUUUUCUCCAAGAUGGUUGUGAAAUUUCUGACAACUUUCUGACGAGAUUAAUUGAUGUUGCAGAGCCGCACUUAAAAUCAAUCAGGCUAAACUUAGAGUCCCCAAUCGUCGUCAUUGGGGAUGCUUCAGGGUCUAUGGACGUUGCUAUCCGUACCAGUACAAUCAUUGCCAGCCUUCUUACUGCCAUCUGUUCCGCCCAGCUGGUUUUCUUUAAUAGUGAAAACAGAGAUGCUCCUUUCUUGCCUAAGACAGUUAAUGAGAUGUUAAAAUUAGCACUGAGUACAAAGGCUGAGGGAGGUACAGCGCCUGCCGCAUCAUUGUAUCCAUUUUACAAAAACAAAGAAGUAGUGAAGACAUUCAUUAUCGUGACUGACGAGGAAGAGAAUGAACAGAAGGAAGGCUAUAAUUUUGCUGAACUGUUCAAGAAGUACCAUGAUGAAGUCUACCCGGCAAAUCUGGUAUUUGUUUCCUUCCUACGUGGGCAGCAUGCUGAAGGCAUCAUGGUGACUCAGCUAAAUGAACUCGGCUUCCACCCUAAACAGCUUCGCUUGGAGGGUUCCAGACCAGACCUAACCAAACUUGACGACUUGUUUGCACAACUGUCAGCAGCCACAACCUCCUCUUUUCAGGAGGACUUGCAAGAAGCAGAACAGUUUGUCAAGGAGAAUGGUGUUGCUAAACUAUAUCAGCCACUAAAGAAAGCAAAUACAGUAAAUGGAGAAAAACAAGCCAAACAGUGA